AUGAAUACCAGACUGAAGCGGGUUUGCGUUUACGACGAGGGCACCUUCACUUCCGCGACGACACCGAAUCUUGCUUCUGAGAGCCCCGCAGUACUCUCGGAACCGUGGGCGGCUACGGUCAUCGCUCAAUUCCGGACGAAUGCUCUGAGCGCCCUUGGCUCUGUGGACAAGACACGAAAGAUGUCUCGCACUUACUUCAGCUCGACUCAUUUCAAGCUGGCAAUUCUAUCUGAAAAGAAGUUUUACGAGCGCCUACCUAGCCUGUUCGUGUCCACGUCUGCGGAUUUAGGCUUUACCACGCUAUGCCUAUGCAUGCAUUUAGCCCAACAAAACCCUUCGCCUUCGAACGGUAGCAUGCUAUCGUCGCUUUAUGUUCUUGUUAAGACAGUGCUUUAUGAAGUGGGUCAUGGAAUUUACCCAGCUGCUUCCAUAUCCAUGGCGUCUUGUGCGAGAGCGGCCCGCAAUCUCGGUUUGCACAAAAUCCGAUCUCAGCCACUUUCAGAAAUCGAGAAUGAAGUCGCCGAGGAAAGAAGGACCUGGUGGGCAGUCCACAAUCUCGAUAGAUUCAUCAAUCUCUAUAAUGGUGAUGCAAUCUUCAAUAGUGAGGAUGCUGGCGAGGAGGACCCUUUACCUCCUGAUGAUGGACCUCUUUCAUUGGAGCCUCUACCAUAUAUCAAACCGACCAUUGCCACACCUGCGCUCUUCAGGUUAGGCCAAUUUGCACGGGAAUGCCAGGUGGCACAUCUCGUUGGAAGGGUUGUUCGUCAUGUUUUCAGUCCUAUUUCGGACGUACACUUCCACGAAGAGGAGGCAACACAACUUGCACGGACACUGCUCUCAUUUCUACCGCUCUUGAUCGAGGAAGAAGUCCAAUUCAGUAACUAUUGCGGAGCUCUGUCGACCUGCAUAAGCUCCCUAUUUACACUAUACGCAGCUCCCUCGCUUCGCUCGCAGAGCCGAACCCUCGAUGAAAAUACUCCUCUGUUCGCUAUGGAACAGCUUUCUGCGAAGAUGGCAGAAAUUUCCGAUUACAUUUUUGGCAUGGCACAAGACGAAAACAAACGAUUCAUGCUGUCGCCUUUCGUGCCAUAUGCUCUAUACCAGACCGCAGUAAUAGAAUUACGACUCUGGAAGCAGAAGGGUGAACCACAAUACAAGGAAAGGGCAGACAGAAUGAUACAAAUACUCUGGCUGUUUAGCAAGCGUUGGUCUAUAGCCGGAAAGUACAUAGCCGCAUUGUACUCUCCUCACCCACCAGUGACUUUGCCAGCGCAGGACUUUUACAUUAGUGAGAAUCUCAUGUAA